CUGGCCCAGUCAUUCCGCGCGGAUGAUGCUGUGAUAUGCGAACUUCUGUGUGAGCCUUUAAACUAGUGCUGCUUUAUCUGGCUAAUUUAGGUGUGAAAAAUGGUUCAGCGCCUGACCUACCGCCGUAGGUUGUCCUACAACACAGCUUCCAACAAGACCAGACUGUCCCGAACACCCGGGAACAGGAUUGUUUACCUUUACACCAAGAAAGUAGGGAAGGCACCAAAGUCGGCAUGUGGUAUAUGCCCGGGAAGACUUCGUGGUGUUCGUGCUGUGCGUCCUAAAGUUCUUAUGAGGCUGUCAAAAACGAAGAAGCAUGUCAGCAGAGCCUAUGGUGGUUCCAUGUGUGCUAAGUGUGUACGUGACAGAAUCAAACGAGCUUUUCUUAUCGAGGAGCAGAAGAUAGUGGUGAAAGUGUUGAAGGCACAAGCACAGAGCCAGAAGUCAAAGUGAAUCUAUUUGUUGUUUCAGCCCAAUAAAUGAAAGCUCCACU